AUAGUAAAGUACUGAAGUAGUAUGCAAUUGGUUGUUGCAUUUGUUACAAAAAGAUUUUUUUAAGUAAAUCUCGUUCUAAGGUUGGCUGUCCUCCAACUGUCAUUUACGUUUACGUCAUGUGUCAGUUUGACAAAAAAUAUUAAAAAUGUCCCGUGUUUGUUUUUAUUAGUUUCAAAUCGUCGUAUUUCAUUAUCUUACCUUUUAUCGAUGCGGUUGCCGGUGUAAAAUCAUAGAUUUUACUACAGACACCAGGUAAAAAUCGGUUUUUGUUUCAAUCCGCCCGGUCCCAGUUUUUUGUUGUAUCGAUUUUUCUAUGACUCAUUUUGUGUAGUAAUCACUUAAAAACAAAUAAGAGAAAUGGAGGCUGUGCCUAGAUUGCCUAUGAUAAGUUUCGAGCUUAAAACAAGCCCGGAAAAUGCUCAAUUCGGCCCCCAACUCAAACAGUACAUUGCAACCUUCUAUAACGAGGAUCCCGAAUCGUACAGCAGCGAAAUAAGCAAUUUGGAAUCGUUACGAGCGGCUGCAAUUCGCCCCACAAUUGAUGUAGCUGGCUGUCAGUUACUGAAGAAGUACUAUUGCCAGUUGCAUUUCCUCAAAUCUAGGUUCCCGAUGUCCGAGGGACAAGCAGCCGCUGUGUAUUUCACGUGGAAGGAUAAUUACACCGGCAUGCUUUGUAACAUCCCGGAUAUUCGAUUCGAAUUGAUGUGUAUUUUGUACAACAUCGGGGCUUUGCACACACAAUUGGGGGCUCUAGAUUGCCGGUCUUCAGCCGACGGCCUCAAAAUGGCUUGUACGCAUUUCCAAUGCGCCGCUUGGGCCUUUCAGACUGUUAAAGAAACCUACCACCAAAUGGUACCAUACAUGUCGUCGGUGGAAGCCGUUCAUUUCAUGCAACAAGUCUGUUUCGCCCAAGCGCAGGAGUGCAUCCUCGAGAAAAGCAUGAUGGAUAACCGCAAAGCAACAAUCACCGCUAAAGUUGCAGUCCAGGUUGUGGAUCACUACAAAAGAGCCUUAUCUUUGUUAUCUUUCGGAGAGGAUAGUUUUUCGAAUAUAGUGGGCACUAAAACGACAAAAGAAUGGAACAAAUAUCUCUCAUUCAAAAUUUCAUAUCACAAAUGCAUUGCUCUGUUAUUCCAAGGCCAACAAGCCGAAGAACAGCAAAAAAUGGGCGAAAGAGUGGCAUUUUAUCAAGCGGCUUGUGAGCAAUUGGAGGAAGCGCGUAAAUUAUCCACAGGUUUGAAACAACAAAAGGAUUUGAACGAAGCUAUAGCUUUCACAUCGGACGUGGUCGAGGGUAAACGCAAAGCAGCGAAAAACGAAAACGAGUUUAUUUAUCACGAGGAGGUCCCUGAUAAGCAUGCCCUUCAAGAAGUCAAAGGUGCAUCGCUGGUCAAAGGCAUUGCGUUCAAUGUGAACGAUGUUGAGGUCUCUGGACCUGAUAUUUUCGCCAGACUUGUCCCAAUGGAGGCUCAUGAAGCUUCCUCGUUGUACAGCGAGAAAAAAGCACAGAAGUUGAGACAACUGGGUGAACUGGUCGAGUCAAAAGACCAGGCGCUAGCCGAGUUCAUGUCCUCGUUACAGUUGGACGUUUUCACCCAAAUGAGACAAGCGACCGGUUUGUGUCAAGAUUUAGUCGAUCGAGCUGCUGCUCUAUCAGCCAAGCCUUCGGCGACCCAAGAUCUAGUCGCCGCGAUGGGGAGACUAUCAAAUAGUUAUCACGAGGUCGAGUCAAUGCUUAACGAAAUCCAGGACUUGCUCAAAGAAGAGGAGCAAAGCGAGAAGGAGUAUCAAGAAUUGAUGGGUAAAAGACCGCCCAGUAUCAUCGCCACCGAUUUGGCCCGAGAAGCGGCGAAGUAUCGCGAAGCUCACAACAAAGCCAACGAUUCGAAUCAGAAUUUGCACAAGGCGAUGAUGACGCAUGUGGCGAAUUUGAAAAUUUUAGCACAACCGUUGGGGGAUUUACAGAAACAGAUUCCUUCAGUUGAAUUACCUAACCCGAAUAUUGACGAGAACUGCGUCAGGGAAAUUGAGAGUUUGAUCAGUAAAGUCGAAGAGAUGCGUAAUCAGAGGGCGAUGCUCUGGUCGCAGUUUCGCGAAGCUGUACACAAGGACGAUAUCACGAGUGUUUUAGUGACACGGAAGGAUCAGCCUCUGGAUCAGGUGUUUCAGCAGGAAUUGGAGAAACAUCACGAACUGACGAAUCUGAUAGAACAGAACGUGGCAGCUCAGGAAAACAUUCUCAAAGCCUUCGUGGAUGCGUACGCUCGGUCGAUGUCGACUCGUCGCUACUUGCAGGACGUGAUCAACAAAAGAACAUCAACAGUCAGCGCACUCAUCACCUCCUACGAUACGUACGAAGAUCUCGUAGCAAAGGCCAACAAAGGCAUCGAUUUUUACAACAAAUUAGAAACCAACGUUUCGAAAUUAUUGCAACGUAUUAAAAGCGCAUGUAAAGUACAACAGGAAGAACGCGAGCAAAUGCUGUUGAAAAACUCGGUCCCGGUACCAGCGACCAAAGAAGAACCGGUUAUAAAUUCGGCGCCAAAAUUGAAAGAUUUUAUCGAUACUAGGAAAAAAACGCGAGGUUUUAACGACGUCAGUCCCCAGUAUUACCCUCAAGGCGUACCUGAUGCCCAGACGUGGCCCCCGGCGGUUAGACCGGCGCCUUUAGGCUCCGAAAUCAACGAACCGGUUGUAACCAAACCGCAAGAGCAGGUUUAUGCCGGUUUAGAUCAAAAUUUGGCCGACAGAAUGGCCAGUUUGAGGAUGGGCUAUUAUGGACAAAAUACCCAAGUGAACAAACAAGCCUAUACUACUACCACUGAUACGUACCAACCGAUUUCGAGCAGUACCCAGAAUAAUCAAGUGACCGCUGAUAAUAUUGGUGGACAAUAUCAGGGGUACCAAAUGUCGUAUAGUACGCCUUCGACGACGAGUUUAGGCAAUUAUGGACAGGUUGGCCAACCUGGCGAGAGUUACCCGCAGGUUAGCCAACCUUACCAAAACUACGCCCAACCUGACAGUUACUCGAGUUAUAAUCAAGCUAGCCAACUUUACAAUCAAACGCCGAGUUUACCUAAUCAAGCUGGCCAACUUUACAAUCAAACACCGAGUUUACCAAAUCAGGCUAGCCAACUUUAUAACCAACCUACGACUAGCCAACAUGAUGCGUACACAACGUAUAGCCAGACUGGCCAACCCUACGGCCAAAUGUCAGUGGCUCAAGUGAGCCAACCGUACAAUCAAACAAGUCAGGUUGUCCAACCUGACGUAUACACCAACCAAUAUAACCAGGUUAGCCAACCUAACGUUUAUUAUCCCGCCGGUUAUGGCCCCGCUCAAGUGCAACCAACCGAACAGACCUACUCCUACCCUAACACUUUCGGUAGUAACGAAUAUGCAACUUCGGUCCACCCUAAUAUUUCAAAUGUGAGUUACAAUUCGACUUAUUCCUCACCUGGGGUCGAUUUAAAAAGUUCCGAUUCGAAUUCGAAAAAUUACGUAAUAAGUAACGGCCAAGGUUACACAAGUUACGAUCAGUACCAAUACUACUACAAUUAUGGCCAAAAUCAGACUUAUCCCACCUAUGGAAGUGGCUACAAUUACGCAACACCGUCACCACAAACCUCCGACACUUCCAUAACCGCAACAACGAAGGAAUCAAACAUCGACUUACUCACCGGCUUGGAUUUUACGGUAAAUCAAGCACCACUUAUUCCCCAACAAAAACCAUCGGAUCCUGAAAUAAAACCGCCCCAAAAAACGGAAACUCCGGUAAAACAACCAACAAAAGUUGUGAAAAACGAGGAAGAACCGCCGAAAAUCGAACGAGUUGUUAAUCGCAAGCCUCUCAAUAAUUCCGAAGUGAAAAAACUAUUCGGCUCGGAAAUUGAUAAGUUUGAGAAAUUCGUCGAUGUUUUGACGAACAAAACCUUGAGCGGACCGACGAAUUUGGACUUGAAAUGGAAGGAAAUACAGGACAAGCAAGACGUGGAGAAAAAAGCGAUUUCGGUAGCGAGGUGUUAUCCCAUGAAAAAUCGAUUUCCGGAUAUUUUGCCCUACGAUUACUCGAGAGUUGAGUUGAAGGCGGCGAAAGACGAUUAUAUUAAUGCUUCGUAUGUAAAGGACGUCUCCUACUACUCGGCCCCUUUCAUCGUAACGCAAGCGCCUCUGGCCGCCACCGCGUCCGACUUCUGGACAAUGAUCAAAGAGCAAAACGUGGAAUUGAUCGUCUGCCUGCUCAACGACGCCGAAAUCGGUGCUGACAUUUACUGGCCUUUGGAGAAAGGGCGCGAUUUGUCCCUUCCCGGAAUGUCCAUUUCCCUAAUCAGCGCCACCCCCAAACCCCACUGGACCGAGCGUCUCAUCGCGAUAAACGUCCCCGAAAAGCGGGAUUCCCGCGUUCUGAUGCACCUCCAGUUCACUUCGUGGCCUGGGAGCUUGUUCCCGACAAAUCCCGAUCAUUUCGUCGCUUUCGUAACAGAAGUGAUAAAUUUGUUUAUGCAGCAAAGGAAUACAAAUCAUCCCGUCGUUGUCCAUUGCUUGUCAGGGAUCGGUCGCAGUGGGCUGGUUUGUUUAUUGGUGACUGCGAUUCUGGAAGUGACGAGUAAUCCGACGGCGGUUCCCGAUUUGGUGUCUUUGGCGGUGAAGUUGGGAGCGUGGAGGAGGAAUAUUUUGAGGGAUAGGGAGCACUUGAAGUUUGCGUUUGAGGCGUUUUUGAGUUAUAUGAAACAGGUGGUGGCGCAAGGGAAGAUUUUGAAUGAUGUCGGGAGUAAGAAGAAGGAGGAGAUAGUCAGUGAGAUUAAACAAGAGGAUGAUCCGUUGAGCAGUUUGGAUCCGUUCUGGGCAAACAAGAAGAAAGAGUGACUUUUUUACUAUCCCAUGUAUUAUUUUUCCGAUUUUAAUAAUUACUAUUAUGAUUAUAUAUAAUUAAUUAGUGAUAUUAGCGUAAUUAAUCUAUUUUUUAUCUAUUUUUAUGUGGAGGAUCAGGAGGAAGUCUUUUUAGGAGGAGAUUUGAUGUUAUUAUAAAAUGUACUGAUUAAUUCUUAAAUAAAGUUAAGAGAGUAACA